AUGGCAAACAUGAGGGACCUGGAAGGGAUUCCAUUGGAAUCCCGGCCAGAGAUCACGUCCACUCCCCAAAACAUAUCCGAAGCGCAGAAAACGAUCCUGGACGACCAGAUUCGCGUCGACAAACCCAAAGUUGGCUAUUUCCAGAUCUACAAGUUUGCAAGUGGCAGCGACCUGGCCAUUCUCGCCGCGAGCACGAUUUGCGCCAUCCUGCAAGGCGCAGCAUUACCUUUAUUUACCGUUUUCUUCGGACAAGUGACCACCUCGCUCAAAGAUGUUGCGAUUGGCAGCAUCUCGUACGAUCACUUUUACCACGAGCUGACCAAGAACGUGCUCUAUUUCACAUACCUCGGCAUAGGCGAAUUCGUCGUGAGUUUCCUUGCGACUCUCGGUCUCGUAUACACGGGCAACUCGGUGACGCAGAAGAUUCGCGUGCAAUACUUCAAGGCGAUACUGCAGCAAAACAUUGCCUUUUUCGAUGUCCUGGGCACGGGCGAAAUCACAACUCGCAUCACCGGGGACAUGCAUCUCAUCCAGGACGGCAUCUCGGAGAAACUCAGUCUGGUGCUCGCCGGCGUGGCCAGUUUUGUCACUGCGUUUAUCAUCGCGUAUGUGAAAUACUGGAAGCUGGCUCUCAUCUGCACGGCUACUCUCGCCACGCUGCUGCUGGUCAUGGGCAGCGGCUCCAUCGUCUCGGUCAUUUACGGCAAACGAGCACUCGAAAAGUACGGACAGGGUGGAAAUCUGGCAGACAAUGCAUUUGAAUCGAUUCGCACAGUGGUGGCAUUCGGGGCGCAUGACACUCUGGCAGCAAAGUACGACAAGUACAUGCGAGAGGGAGAGCGCUUUGGUCGAGUUCUUCAGAUUUCGUUUGCGCUAGUCAUUGGUGCACUACUCUGCAUCAUGUAUCUCAACUAUGGACUCGGCUUCUGGAUGGGAUCUCGGUUUAUCGUCGAUGCCGACUCGAGUCUCGCUCCGGGGGACAUUCUCACAAUCAUGAUGGCGAUUAUUCUCGGGUCGUAUAGUCUUGGAAACGUCGCUCCGAAUCUGCAGGCAUUUUCCGAUGCAGUCGCCGCAGCGUCCAAAGUGUUUAGUGCCAUUGAUCGCGUUUCGCCGUUGAAUCCAUGGUCCACCGAAGGCACGAAGCUGCGUUCUCUGAACGGUAAUAUCGAGUUUCAAGACGUGAAGCACAUCUAUCCUUCAAGGCAAGAAGUAACGGUUUUGGAUUCCUUCAACAUCACCAUCCCAGCAGGGCGAACAACUGCCUUUGUCGGACCUUCUGGGUCUGGAAAGAGCACGAUUAUCGGGCUGAUAGAGCGGUUUUAUACCCCGAUCGGAGGCCGCAUCCUGGUCGAUGAACACGAUAUCCAGACGCUGAAUCUACAUUCGCUACGCCAGCAGAUAUCGCUUGUUUCGCAGGAGCCACAGCUGUUCUCGGCCACCAUUUUUGAAAACAUCCGCUACGGUCUGACGGGAUCCGAGUAUGAGGACGAGCCCAAGAACAAAAUCCAACAGCGCGUUGUGCAUGCCGCCAAGCUGGCCAAUGCCCAUGACUUUAUCAUGGCCCUGCCAGACGGAUACGAGACGCAUAUUGCUUCGUUUUCGCUCUCUGGUGGCCAGAAACAGCGUAUUUCUAUUGCUCGUGCUGUGGUCAAGGAGCCCAAGAUUUUACUGCUUGACGAGGCCACGUCGGCCCUCGAUACCAAGUCCGAAGCCCAUGUGCAGGUGGCUUUGGACAAGGCGGCCGAAGGGCGAACGACUAUAAUCAUUGCUCACCGUCUAUCGACGAUCAAGAACGCGCACAAUAUUGUCGUUCUGGUGGACGGAAAGAUUGCCGAACAGGGAACACACAAAGAGCUCACAGAGCAGCACGGAACCUAUUUCAAUCUCGUACAGGCCCAGCAUAUCAACGAGGACAGACACGACGACGAUGCGGCCGAGGACGACGAUCUUGAUCUCUUAUCAGUGUCCGACGACACACGAAUCCCAGGGCCUUUUGACAGCGAUGUACAACUAUUCAAACCAAAGCCAAUGAGCAGAGACAUGACCAAUGCGUUUCAAUCCGAACUGACUCAAUCAACCUCUCGCUACUCUGUCUUUUCGCUCAUCAAGUUUAUUGCCGGGUUUAACUACCCCGAGCGUCAUAUUAUGGUAUUGGGUCUUCUCCUGUCGGUGCUCGCUGGGGCAGUCCAGCCCUCGCAGGCUGUUAUGAUGGCCAAGUGCGUCAGUACAAUCACGCUCCCGGAAUCCGAAUUCGACAAGCUGCGCCAUGAUACCGAUUUCUGGUGUCUCAUGUUUCUCAUGUUGGGGCUGGUCACUUUUCUGCUGUAUGGCGUGCAAGGAAUCAUCUUUGCAUUGAGCUCGGAGAAGCUACUCCGUCGCGCACGAAGCAAGACUUUCCGGGUCUUGCUGAACCAAGACAUAACCUUUUUCGACAAAGAAGAAAACGCCACCGGCGCUCUCACGUCGAUUCUCACCACCGACACCAAGAGCCUGUCCGGCAUCAGCGGCGCAACUCUGGGGACGCUACUAAUCAUGAUCGUCAACUUGCUCGGCGCUCUCGUCGUCGCCCUCAUUCUCGGCUGGAAGCUCGCGCUCGUCUGCAUCUCGGCCGUGCCAGUGCUCAUCCUCAGCGGAUUUCUGCGCAUCUGGGUUCUCAACAAGUUCCAAUCGCGCUCCAAAAAGGUGUACCAGAGCUCCGCCAGCUUUGCGAGUGAAGCCGCGUCGGCGAUUCGCACUGUUGCCUCGUUCACGAUGGAGACGGUCAUGCUGGACGCGUACGCGAGCAAGCUGGAGACUCAGCUGCGCGAGAAUGUCCCGUCCAUUGUCAAGUCGGCGUUUCUGUAUGCCAGCUCCGAGGCAGUGCAGUUCUUCUGCAUGGCUCUCGGGUUUUGGUACGGCGGCACGCUGGUCGGUCACCACGAGUACUCCAUUUUCAAGUUUUAUGUCUGCUUCAGCGAGGUGAUUUUCGGCGCGCAGGCCGCGGGCAGAAUCUUUUCGUAUGCGCCGGGCAUGAGCAAAGCCAAAAACGCCGCGGCAGAAUUGAAGUUGCUGUACGAUAGCAAGCCGCGCAUCAGCUCCGAGGAGAAGAAGCAGCAAACUGCUUUGAACAUCCAAGGCGCUAUUGAAUUUCGGAACGUGCAUUUCAAGUACCCCAGCAGAAUGAACACCCCGGUUCUUCAGGGUCUGAAUCUUACGAUCCGGCCCGGACAGUAUGUGGCCCUGGUAGGCGCCAGUGGCUGUGGGAAGAGCACAUGUAUAGCGCUACUCGAACGCUUUUACGAUCCGCUGGCCGGAGCAGUGCACGUCGACGGCAUGGAUAUCACGCAGCUGGGCAUUGGCUCGUACAGAAAGAAUCUGGCAUACGUUGGCCAAGAGGCAGCGCUUUUCGAGGGCACGAUUCGUGAAAACAUUCUUCUGGGCUGUGACCCAAGCGAAAUCUCGGAAGAAGCCCUAAUCGCCGCGGCCCAGGACGCAAACAUAUACGAUUUCAUCCUGUCUUCCCCACAAGGCUUUGACACCGAAGUCGGAAACAAAGGACGCAUGCUCUCCGGCGGCCAAAAGCAGCGCAUCGCCAUCGCGCGCGCUCUCCUACGAAACCCGCGAAUCCUGCUCCUCGACGAAGCCACCUCGGCGCUCGACUCGGAGUCUGAGAAAAUCGUGCAAUCAGCCCUGGACACGGCUGCUCGAGGCCGCACGACGAUUGCCGUGGCGCAUCGGCUGAGCACGAUCCAGCGCGCCGAUGUCAUAUACGUGCUGGACAGCGGACGCAUUGCCGAGGUUGGAUCGCAUGCUGAGCUGCUGCGGAAAAAGGGGAGGUACUAUGAGCUGGUGAAUUUGCAGAAUCUGGGGUAG